AUGUCGCAGGAUACCGGACUUUGGAGCGUCCGGCGCCCUCGUGAGACUCUCGGAGGUAUCAAUAUGAAUUCUUCGAUUCCGCAGCCCCCUUCUGCCAUGAAGCGAUCUAGUUCUGUCCACGCGGCACCCUACUCAACCGGCCAUGCUCGCUCGAUGUCAGGGUCCAGGCAGUCUCUAGCCAUGUCGCGACCCAGCCAGCCCCUUUUUCAGCGAUCGUCCUCGGGCACCAACUUGGCAGACAUUGGCCUCUCGUCCGUUAAACGAUCGUCUCACCAGAAUAAUGCGCUUCGAUCCUAUGCGCCAGGCAACCUGCCUGGUCGGGCAUCGACUGACGGCGAGCGGCGGAGCAGCGUCUAUAAGGCGAGACCGUCCAUGGGAGGAGCCAUGGUGGGACAUCAGAGCUUCUUCCAGCAGGCGCCCCAGGCAGCAGGAGUUCCUCGCGACCCACGACCGCUCAAGGACAGAUCGUACCAAGCUCGCAUAGGACAGGAGCUGCUCGAGUACCUGGCGCAGCACAACUUCGAGAUGGAGAUGAAGCACGUCUUGUCGCAGAACUUCAUCAAAUCGCCCACACAAAAGGACUUCAACUACAUGUUCCAGUGGCUGUAUCACCGCAUCGACCCGAGUUAUCGUUUCCAAAAGAACAUCGACCAAGAGGUCCCGCCACUGCUGAAGCAGCUGAGGUAUCCGUAUGAGAAGAGCAUCACCAAGAGCCAGAUUGCCGCUGUUGGUGGCCAGAAUUGGAGCACCUUCUUGGGCCUGCUUCACUGGAUGAUGCAGCUUGCUCAGAUGCUAGAGGGCUACUCCUGCCACCGAUACGACGAUGUCUGUGUCGAGGCUGGUCUCGAUGUGGCGGCUGAUCAUAUCAUCUUCGACUUCCUUGGACAAGCAUACAAGGACUGGCUAGCAAUGGAUGACGACAUUGCAGACGAAGAUGCAGGCAAGGUCCUGGCGCCUCAUGUUGAGUCCAUGGCCAAGGCUUUCGACCGAUCCAACUCCCGCUAUCAGGAAGAACUCGACAUCCUCGAGGCAGAGAACCAGCGACUGCUCAAAGAGAUUGAAGACCUGGAGAAGUCGACUCCGGAUCCUGCUGUACUCGAUCAUCACUUCAAGAUCAUGGAGGAAGACAAGGUCAAAUUCGAAGAGUACAACCAAUUGGCGGUGCAACGGUCGGAGAAAUACGAGACCCGGGCCCAGCUGCUCCAAGAGGAGCUUGACAAACUGUACCAAGAGUUACACGAAGCUGAAGAGGAGAGACGAGGACUCCAGCAAGCUGUUGACGAUCAGGGUAUCAGUAUGGCGGAUAUCGACCGCAUGACCUCUGAGCGAGAACGCUUGCAGAAAGGAAUCGAGGCAGCAGCGCAACGCUUGGAAGAGGUCAAGAAGAAGGUUGCUGACAAGGAGGUCGAAGCCAGCCGAAAACUUGACGAUCUCGAGCGACUGGUCGACAGAUACAACACGGUGGCGUACCAGAUUGGGCUGAUUCCGUCCACGGCUGUCAACGCCAAAGGAAGGAAUUUUGAGCUGCAAGUCACUGUCAAUGAUGGACCGAGCUUCACGUCCUCACAGCUGCAGGGCUCAGCCGGCGCUGGAAGCAUGGAGAACGAGCGGCUGCUGGUUGAUCCAAUCACCGGCUAUCAACCCGCACACAUCCUGAAUCUAGAUCUUCGAGGACAGGUUAAGAACAACUUCCUCGCUCUUAGGAAGGAGAUCUCGGAAAGACGGAGCGUUGCCAUGGAGAACAUGAUGAAAGACCACGACCUCCUGGACAAUAUUAAGGAGGCGAUGGAGGACAAGCGUAAUGAGGUCGAGGCACUCGAGCACCGUGUACGCGCGGCAGAACAAGAGCAUGAGAAGACCAAAGAGGUCACAACCGCACAACGAAUGGCCUCGGACGCCCAGAUUGAGAAGAUGGAGAAGGAUCUAGCCAAGAUGCGAACAAGCCUCUCCGAGUCCGUCCAGUUGAUGGAGCAACGCGAGAUGAACACCAGCAUCGAAUACGAGCAGCUUGAGCUUCGGGCCAACGCUCUCCGUGAGGAGCUUCACACUGAGAUCAUGCGCAUGCUGAAUGACGUUGUCAAGUUCAAGAUGCAUGUGCAGAAAAACCUCGAGGACUACGAGUGGUUCGUGGCCGAUGAACUGGAGAAGGAGCUGGGAAGCGACGACUUGAAAGAUGAUACCCGUGCUAUGGAUGUUUAG